AUGUCUACCGUGGAUGAAUAUGCACCAGCAUUUGCACCCUUCCUCGGGUUUGCGGGAUGUGCAGCAGCCAUGGUGUUUUCAUGUGCGGGUGCUGCUAUUGGUACAGCCAAAUCUGGGAUUGGUAUCGCUGGUAUUGGUACCUUUACACCUGAGUUAAUUAUGAAAUCAUUGAUUCCUGUUGUUAUGUCGGGUAUUUUAUCAGUUUAUGGUUUGGUGGUAGCCGUAUUGAUUGCUGGUGGAUUAUCACCAACUGAAAAAUAUACAUUGUUCAAUGGAUUUAUGCAUUUGGCUUGUGGAUUAGCCGUGGGGUUGGCUUGUCUUUCUUCAGGGUAUGCCAUUGGAAUGGUUGGUGACGAAGGAAUUAGACAAUUCAUGCAUCAACCAAGAUUAUUUGUAGGGAUUGUAUUGAUAUUGAUUUUUGCUGAAGUGUUAGGUCUUUAUGGUAUGAUUAUUGCUUUAAUCUUAAAUACUAAAGGAAGUUCUUAG